CCACGUCAUACUUGAUGUCGUGGCUUCGGCUUGAUUUUACGAAAAUGCCCCCUUUUAGUUUACUACGAACAUUUCCCGGCUCGUCUGGUUCACUUCUCCGUCGCGGAAAAGAUGGGGACCAAUCUGAGAUCCGUGAUCUGUCUCCUCCUUCUCUUCUUCGUCGUCUUCGGCGUCAACGCUCAGAAUCGGAGACCUAAAAAUGUUCAGGUGGCGGUUAAGGCCAAGUGGCAGGGUACUCCUCUUCUCCUCGAAGCUGGAGAGUUGAUUUCUAAAGAAUCGAAGCAGCUUUUCUGGGAGUUCACCGAUGCUUGGCUUGGUUCCGAUGGAGAUACUGGUGAUUCCGAUUGCAAAUCCGCCAGAGAUUGUCUCCUCAAGAUAUCGAACCAGGCAUCGACUCUGUUGGCUACACCAGUGGCUUCUCUCUUCCAUUUCUCGCUUACUCUGAGAUCUGCCUCGCCGAGGCUUGUGCUCUACCGCCAAUUAGCUGAUGAGUCUCUCUCUUCUUUCCCUCACGGCCAUGAUCCCACUGAUUCCUCCGCGACUCACUGCUGUUGGGUCGACACUGGCUCCUCCCUCUUUUACGACGUUGCGGAUCUCCUCUCCUGGCUCGCCUCUCCUCCUGCUGCCGGAGACGCCGUUCAGGGGCCUGAGCUCUUUGACUUCGAUCACGUUCAUUUUGAAUCGAAAUCUGGAAGCCCAGUCGCUGUUCUCUACGGCGCUGUUGGGACUGACUGCUUUAGGAAAUUUCACCUCUCGCUUGCUAAAGCAGCCACGGAGGGGAAAGUUACAUAUGUUGUUAGACCAGUGUUACCUUCGGGCUGUGAAGGCAAAACUAGACCCUGUGGUGCCAUUGGGGCAAUGGAUAAUGUUAGCUUAGCUGGUUAUGGUGUGGAGCUUGCUUUGAAGAACAUGGAGUACAAGGCGAUGGAUGAUAGUGCCAUAAAGAAAGGUAUCACUCUUGAAGAUCCAAGGACUGAAGAUCUUAGUCAAGAUGUUAGGGGGUUUAUAUUCUCGAAAAUCCUGGACAGGAAACCCGAGCUAAGAUCAGAAGUCAUGGCUUUUAGGGAUUAUCUCCUAUCAUCAACUGUAUCAGACACGCUUGAUGUUUGGGAGCUCAAAGAUUUGGGACACCAAACAGCCCAGAGAAUAGUCCAUGCCUCUGAUCCUUUGCAAUCUAUGCAAGAAAUUAAUCAAAACUUUCCAAGUGUAGUUUCUUCAUUGUCUCGCAUGAAGCUCAAUGAAUCAAUUAAAGAAGAGAUACUUUCAAACCAGAGAAUGGUUCCUCCUGGCAAGGCUUUGUUGGCACUGAAUGGUGCCCUGUUGAACAUUGAAGAUAUGGACCUAUACAUGUUGAUGGAUUUGGCUCAUCAGGAGUUGUCCCUGGCCAACCAUUUUUCGAAGCUUAAGAUACCUGAUGGAGCCAUACGGAACCUUCUACUAACUACCCCUCUCCCUGAGCCGGAUUCAUAUCGGGUUGAUUUCCGUUCCGUGCAUGUUAACUAUCUCAACAAUCUUGAGGAGGAUGAUAUGUACAAGCGCUGGCGGAGUAAUAUUAAUGAGCCACUGUCUGUGGUCUUGAGGCAAGUCGCAUAUCUGCCCUUUCUCGGCACUGCCGGCUCUUCUUCCGUUAUUCUUGAGUACAGAGCUUUUGAACUAACUAUUGUUGGAUCUUUACAGUCCAUUGACACUCUCAGAUCUUUAUAUGAAAAUCAACUCCCUGUGAGAUUUGGGGUGAUAUUAUAUUCCACUCAAUUUAUCAAGACAAUAGAGGACAAUGGUGGACAAAUCUCAUCUUUGGAUUCAGAGGCAAAUGCCCAAGUUAAAGAGGACAUAUCUACUAUGAUCAUUCGUCUUUUUCUGUACAUCAAGGAGCACCAUGGGAUUCAAACAGCUUUUCAGUUUUUGGGAAAUGUAAACACAUUAAGGACUGAAUCUUCUGAAGAGGACAUUGAACAGCAGCAUGUCGAUGGAGCAUUUGUUGAGACACUAUUACCAAAGGUUAAAUCAGCCCCUCAGGAGAUAUUGCUGAAACUGCAACAAGAGCACACUUUGAAGGAGGCAUCUGAAGCGAGCUCCAUGUUUGUAUUUAAGCUGGGUCUGGCGAAACUGAAGUGUUCCUUUUUGAUGAAUGGCCUCGUCUUUGAUUCUGUUGAGGAAGAAACUCUUUUAAAUGCCAUGAAUGAUGAGCUCCCCAAGAUACAAGAACAAGUUUAUUACGGCCAAAUAGAGUCCCGUACUAAUGUUUUGGACAAAUUGCUUUCGGAAAAUGGUCUUAGCCGGUAUAAUCCACAGAUUAUUAGUGGAGGAAAGAACAAACCAAGGUACGUGUCGCUGGCUUCAUCUUCCAGGAGGGGGGAAUCUAUGCUGAAUGAUGUUAACUACUUGCAUUCUCCCGAAACUACAGAUGAUGUGAAGUAUGUGACUCAUCUCCUUGCUGUUGAUGUUGCAACGAAGAAAGGAAUGAAAUUGUUACAUGAAGGAGUCCGUUACCUGAUUGGAGGUUCCAAAAGUGCUCGCCUUGGAGUUUUAUUUAGCACCAGCCCGAAUGCUGACCCAAAUAGCCUUCUGUUUAUAAAGUUUUUUGAAACUACUGCAUCAUCAUUUAGUCAUAAGGAAAAGGUGCUAUACUUCCUGGAUAAACUAUGCUUGUUUUACGAGCGUGAAUAUCUGUUUAAAACUUCAGUGAAUUCAGCUACCUCUCAAAUGCUCAUUGAUAAAGUCCUUGAGCUUGCUGAGGAGUAUGGGUUAUCUUCUAAGGCCUACCGAUCUAGUCUCGCUGAAUCUCUUAAUGAGGAAUUAUUUAAGCGUUUGACAAAGGUCGCCCAAUUUUUGUCUUGGGAAGUUGGCCUUGAAACCGAUGCAAAUGCAAUUAUCUCAAAUGGAAGGGUGAUAUUUCCUGUGGAUGAGAGGACAUUUUUGGGCCAUGAUUUAGACCUUCUUGAGUCAAUGGAGUUUAAUCAAAGAGUAAAGCCUGUUCAAGAAAUUAUUGAAGGCAUUGAAUGGCAGGGUGUGGAUCCCGAUUUGCUGACAAGUAAAUAUUUUAGCGACGUCUUCAUGUUUGUGUCAUCUGCAAUGGCAACACGGGACCGUAGCUCUGAAAGUGCACGAUUUGAGGUGUUGAGUUCGGAAUACAGUGCGGUUAUGCUGGGAAAUGAAAAUGCAACUAUACAUAUUGAUGCUGUUAUUGAUCCUUUAAGCCCCACUGGUCAAAAAUUAGCAUCACUUCUUCAAGUUCUACAGAAACAUGUUCAGACGAGCAUGAGGAUUGUUCUGAAUCCCAUGAGUUCCCUUGUGGACAUUCCUCUGAAGAAUUACUACAGAUAUGUCUUACCCAAUACGGACGACUACAGCAGUACAGGCUUUGAUGUAGAUGGGCCUAAGGCAUUUUUCGCAAAUAUGCCAUUGUCCAAGACACUUACGAUGAAUCUUGACGUUCCAGAGCCAUGGCUUGUUGAACCAGUAAUUGCCAUUCAUGAUCUUGAUAAUAUUUUGCUUGAGAACCUGGGAGAUACCACUACACUCCAGGCAGUUUUUGAGGUUGAAUCUCUUGUUCUUACAGGUCAUUGCUCGGAAAAGGAUCAUGAAUCUCCUCGUGGCCUUCAGCUGAUUCUAGGAACCAAAAAUAGACCACAUCUAGUUGAUACUCUUGUGAUGGCCAAUUUGGGUUACUGGCAGAUGAAAGUAUCCCCUGGGGUUUGGUAUUUGCAACUUGCUCCGGGUAGAAGUUCUGAGCUAUACGCUUUGAAAGGAGGCAAUGAUGGGAGUCAGGAUCAAUCCUCGCUGAAACGUAUUACUAUCGAUGAUCUGCGUGGUAAAGUUGUUCAUUUAGAAGUAGUUAAGAAAAAGGGUAAGGAGCAUGAAAAGUUGCUAGUUCCUACAGACGGUGAUGAGAGUGUGCAGCAAAACAACGAACGGGGAAGCUGGAACUCAAAUUUCUUGAAAUGGGCGUCUGGUAUUGUUGGUGGUCGCCAACAAUCGAUGAAGGAAGGUACCAAAAAGGAGCAUGAGAAGGGUGGACGACAUGGGAAAACGAUAAAUAUAUUCUCCAUCGCUUCAGGGCAUUUGUAUGAGCGUUUCCUUAAGAUCAUGAUUCUCAGUGUCCUGAAGAACACCAAUCGUCCUGUAAAAUUCUGGUUCAUAAAGAAUUAUCUUUCUCCUCAAUUUAAGGAUGUGAUUCCACAUAUGGCACAGGAAUACAACUUUGAGUAUGAGCUGAUUACGUACAAAUGGCCUUCCUGGUUGCAUAAACAGAAAGAAAAGCAACGAAUUAUUUGGGCCUACAAAAUACUUUUCCUUGAUGUUAUAUUUCCUCUCUCGUUGGAAAAGGUUAUAUUUGUCGACGCAGAUCAAAUUAUAAGGACAGACAUGGGAGAACUGUACGAUAUGGAUAUAAAAGGAAGACCUCUCGCGUAUACUCCGUUUUGUGACAACAACAGGGAAAUGGAUGGCUAUCGGUUUUGGAGACAGGGUUUCUGGAAAGAACAUUUACGUGGUAGGCCAUACCAUAUCAGUGCUCUGUACGUUGUUGACUUAGUUAAAUUCCGAGAGACGGCGGCAGGAGAUAAUCUAAGAGAUCUUCCUAAUUAUGCUCAGCACACUGUUCCUAUAUUUUCACUUCCCCAAGAGUGGUUGUGGUGUGAAUCCUGGUGUGGAAACGCCACAAAAUCAAAGGCCAGAACAAUCGAUCUUUGCAAUAAUCCCAUGACAAAGGAACCAAAGCUUCAGGGUGCUAGGCGAAUUGUCACUGAAUGGCCCGAUCUUGAUCUGGAGGCACGUAAAUUCACAGCAAAAAUCUUGGGUGAAGAUGUUGAACUCAACGAGCCAGUAGCAGCCGCUACGGACAAGCCUAAUCCUCCUCCAUCAAGUGACAUCGCUGAAGAUUCAGAACAAGACUUGGAAUCCAGGGCAGAACUGUAGAUGCAGGUUCCUCAAGAUUCCUCGAAAGAGGAGAUGAAAACAUCAGUCAUCUGUUAUGUUCAAUUGCUAGACAAGGUUUCUAGUUUUUGUAGUUGCAGUUCCGUAGACAUCUCUCAGCAGUACUAUAGUUUAGCCGAGAGACUGAACAAACAGCUAGUCUGCACUGUUCUAAGCUUUCAUAGGCUCAACAUUAUGUGAUAUACAUAGAUCAACCAUGCAGGAGAAUAAUGAGUGUAACAUAAUAAUAUUUCACAACUUUUUAAAUCAAUUACAAAAUCUCAACAUUAUUAAGAUUAAUAAAUUUUGCUGUUUGUAGA